AUGGCCGAGGAGUCCUACAAAGCCGUGAAGUACUACAGCCUGGAAGAGAUCCAGAAACACAACCACAGCAAGAGCAUCUGGCUGAUCCUGCAUUACAAGGUGUACGAUUUGCAAAUUUUUGAGAUGCUUGAGAAUUGUCCAAAAUUGUCCAAAAUUAUCACUGGGGAGCUGCAUCUGGAUGACAGGUCAGAGAUAACCAAGUCUUCGCUGGUGGACCAAUUGGGUGAUCCUAGCUAUCUCAGCACUGGUUAUAGCCCUGAUGUAUCACUCCUACACAUCGGAACACUAAACAUGUUCUCAGAAGCCAGUGAAAGAAAAGACUGCUUUGGUCCGGGGAGAAAGAAAGCCACCGUUAACUGCUUCAACUGA